AUGCAACAGUUUCUGGGGGUGGAUGUCAAUCUCGACGACCCUCAAACCCGUGGAGACUUCCAUAAAAUCUACAACGCCGUCAUGUCUUUCGGUCAGAGCGGUUGCAAACUGGUGGGCGGAAAGUGGCAGCUCGGGAACUUCAGCACAUCGCUUUACCACCACCAGCUUAUUGGUGUGAGCUGGAUGCUGAGUCGUGAGUUUCACCCAGCUGCCCCGACAGGCGGAAUCCUCGCCGAUGAGAUGGGGCUGGGGAAGACGGUCCAGCUCCUAGCCUGCAUGUCUCAGAAUAUGCCCGGGAAGAAGUCUAAGGCAUCGAAGACUCUCAUCAUCACCCCCAAGAGGCUAAUAACGCAGUGGUGUGAUGAAAUCAACGCUCACUGCUCGCAUAGAAGAAUGAAGCGUGUUUAUAUUUAUGCUGCCAGUGCACCCAUGAUGAAAGUACAAUGGGAGGAGGCUGGCAUAGUCAUAACAAACUACAGCCAGCUCCAACGCCAGCUACCUUCCCCUGACGAGCUGGAAUACAUCGAGAAGCUAAAAAGUAAAGGAAACGCAAAGUGGAAAGGCCACUUGCGUCGAUAUAGCAGAGGCGUGCUAUUUCAAACUGACUGGCACCGUGUUGUCUUGGAGGAGGCCCAUGCGAUAAACAACAGGGCUAGUCAGAAGUUCUUCCCGUAUUUGGAUUUUAUUAGGUCCAAGUACAGCAAUUUCAGGGGUUACCAUGACGCCAUGGGUGAUAUCACGAAUGUGAGGCUCCUACCGCGUGGCAACCAUUGGUUGCCUAGCGCUGAUUGUGGAUGGGAUGAGCAGAGACAGAGACUGAGAGAGUUAUACCAAGAGAUAUCUCUGAGGAGGCGUGUCCAGGACAAAUUAAUAGGUCAGCCGAUACUCCAGAUCCCCGAGACCCGCCCAACGGAGCUCAUGAUGGUCGAAUUCUCUCCGACCGAAAGCGACUCAUACCAUCGCGCCAAUGAGAAGCUCCAUCAGCUCCGAGAGCAAGCGGGGAACCGCAAAGCCGGCGGCGGAUUCGUAACAAUCCCCAACGGCGAGCUGAGAAAGUGGUACAACUAUCUGAGGUGUUUUACCUCAUAUCCUGCCCUGGUCGAGCCGACAUACAUCAACCAACAGGCCCUACAGCCCCACGCGCCGGGAAUCACUGGCGUGGAAGAAAGUGCCGCUGGACAAGAGUCUCACUACUUCUGUAGGGCGUGCUGCAAUGCGCUGAUCGAGCCCCUGAUCGGAAAUUGCGGCCAUGCUUUUUGUAAGGCCUGCGUCAAAAAGUCUCAGAUAGGAUCGAAGCAGGGCCGUCAUUGUCUGAGCUGCGGCAAAGCUCCAGGCCCCGUCGUGUCCGAGGCUGCAAGGAAUACUACCGUCAUACUAAUGAUUACUUUGAGGAUUUGA